AAUUUCAGUCAGAAAGAAUAACGAGUGGAACAUAUGAGAAACGCUCAGCUAGAAUAUCUGUUUUCAGGAGAAUAUUUAAUUCAGCCCACAUGGAGCCAUUUGCAUGGGUGCUUCUGUAUGGAGUGUGUUUUCAAGGUGCCAUAUUUGGCGUUUCCUGGGCAUGGAGUGUCACCGUGCCCAGAGAGAUGGAGGGCAUGGUAGGGUCCUGCCUGGUCAUCCCCUGCAGAUUUUCUUAUAGCGAAUACCCACCCAACGACAAGGGCAGAGUGGUCUGGUACCAAUAUGUCGACAGAGGAUACCCUCUGGUGUGCGAUCCAAAAAACCCAAAUGAAGUCAUCGAAAAGUUCAGGGGAAAAACCUCUUUAUACGGAUCACCUUACAAUGGAGACUGCAGCCUGAAGAUUUACCCCCUGGACUGGCGUCACCAAGAGGAGAGGGUUUACCCCUGGGUGGACCCAGACUACGUCACAUAUCACUAUUUUAAAUUUUAUGACAAAGCUGUGAAAAUCCGUGUACGAGACAGAGCAGACGAACCAAAAUUAUAUUUUUCCGGCUCACGUACGGUGGGAGAACAAAUGACCGUCCAGUGCAGCGCCUACCACACGUGCCGACCGCGUCCCCCAACAUUGCGCCUGACCGUAGCGGGACAUACUGGGACACCCAAAGUCUAUCACACAGAAGUGCAUGAAGGCAAGUGGAAAAUCACCAUGGAGAUGAUCUGGACAUUAGACAACGCCCACCAAACCAUCACUUGUGAAGUCAAACAUCCCUCCGGCCGGAGCGCAUCCAAAACCGUCAGCCUUAAGGGACAAUGUUCAGUGACAAAGGUCACUAUAAAUCCCAGUUCGGAGGAGUUCCUGGAAGGCGUGGAGAAGGACGUGGUCUGUUCUGUAUCCUACGCCUGCCAAGAGCAGCGUCCAGAUCUGUCUUGGAAUUAUGGAGGCAUGAAGGUCUCCAGCGAGUUUAAGAAACGAGGCAGUGGGAGCUGGGAAAGCCGGUCCAUUUUGAAAUUCAAGGCAGGGGCCAGCGACCACAACCAAGCCCUGAAAUGCACCGCAAGGUUCACCAAUGGGCAAACUCAAGAGGGGUACAUCACUCUGAAGGUGAAAAGGGCCAUGUUUUCCCUGGGGUGGAGCUUCUCUAUGCCCAGCCAGGUGACAGGCCUGCAGGGCUCGUGCCUGGUCAUCCCCUGCCAUUUUGAGUACUCCUCCACCCUGCCCUCUGACAUCAGUGUCAUGUGGUACAAAUACACGCCCGGGGAGUACACGGUAGUGUUCAGCGCAGCGCGCCCUGGUGAUGUCAUCAGUGACUUCAGCGGGAAAACCUCUCUGUACGGAUCUCCGAGUGACCGGAGCUGCAGCCUGAAAAUUAACCCCGUCGAGAUGAACCAUCAUAGACAGAGGCUUUACACCUGGGUGGACCCGAAGCCCAUCUCCUCCUACCACAGACAGAACUAUCAGGACAAGACCGUGGAGAUUUACGUGACUGACAGAGUGGAUAAACCAGAAAUGCAAAUUAUUGGCAUACCCAAGGUGGGAGAGCAAAUCAGCGUGCAGUGCAGUGCCUACCACAUGUGUCCGGCCACGCCCCCUAUACUGAGCCUGAUUGGUUUUCCCGAGACGGGCCAGGCUCAUGAAACUCAAGCGCAAGACGUGAAGUGGAAAACCACGUUGGUGCAGACGUGGGUCAUCGUUGAAGAUCAACAAACUCUGUCUUGUCGUGUCCAGCAUCCAGGAGGCCAGGAGGCCCAGGCGGACAUCACCAUCCAGGCCGAAUGUUCAGUUGGGGAGAUCAUUACUGAUCCCGGCCCAGUGGAGUUCCUUGAAGGUGUGGUGAAGAACGUCACAUGUUCUGUCUUUUACACCUGCUCUAAACAACAGCCGGCUAUUGUGUGGAGCUACAAGGACAUGCCAGCCUCCAGCAAAACUACAAAAAUGGCUGCCACUAAGUGGAAAACUGUAUCCAGUAUAAUGUUCAUUGCAUCUAUGGACGACCACGGUAAAACUCUGACCUGCACAGCUGAGUUUCCUGAUGGGAAAAGGCCAAUGGCCUCAAUCGAUUUACAUGUGAAAAUGUAUGAACCCCCAGCGCCUGAAUCGCCCACUGCUGGUCCGGACACUGAUGACACAAGCAGUAUCAGUCACAUCUGGGCAGCCAGCGUCACCCCCAGAAUCAGCGCCUUGACCCAGUCCUGUGUGGUUAUCCCGUGUGGUUUCACAAGCGAAAGCGAAUAUCCCGUUACUGGCCUCAGCGGGAUGUGGCAGACGAGAGACGGCGGCUACGCCUAUCACAACGGACAGAGCAGAGUUACCAAUAACUUCAAAGGCCGCACUCGGCUGGUGGGCGAUCUGGACGAACAGAACUGCACCCUGGAGAUCGACGAAGUCAAACCCCAUGACAACGGGCCAUUCUGUUUCCGGGCGGAAAAGGGGACGGACAAAUACACCUUCAACAACAGCUGUGUGUUCAUUGUUAUGAAAGCUUCACCGAGCGACCCGGUCAUGACGCCCCUCUGGGAGGAGACCAAGGAAGGGUCUGCUCUCUCCGCCACCUGCUCAGUCGAACACACCUGCCCCACCCAUCCCCCAACUUUCACCUGGAACGUCAAAGACGGAAAGACCACCACCAGCCACACGCAGAGCAGCCCCAGCACCUGGAAAACGUCUUCCACACUCACGUUCAUCCCUGCUGGAGACAACUAUGAGGAACAGCUGACCUGCAGCGCCACCUUCUGGAGGAGAAAGAGGCAAGACAGUUCAGCCAGUCUUAACGUUAAGCGAAAGCAGAGCCUCCUCCCCAUCCUGCUGCCUGCCACAGCUGCUGCCCUGCUUGCCCUGGCUCUGUGUGUGGGAGUCUUGACGUGCAGGAAAAGGUGUUCCAGGAAAAGUACUGAUCAACACUCACUGAGGUCGCCACAACCUGACACUCAGAGGUCUUUUUGGAAAAGAUUUUCCAGAAGGCAUGAAGGUAACAGCGCUAGUUGGAAUGUGGGAAACACUGGCCACAGGGAACUUCCCAGGGACUGUCCACGUAGCCCACCUCGUCCAGAGGAAAGGGCAUCAUUCUGGAGGCGGUUUUCCAGAAGAAAUCCCAAAGACUUCCUGGACAGACCUUCUCGCCCAGAAAAAAGGAGGUCCAUUUGGAGCAGAUUUUCAAGACAGCAACAUGGCAACGGACCUGAGAUGAAUGUGGGCUACAGGGCCAAUAACGAGAGCUUAGCAGGCAAUGUUCCAACCAAACCAAAACCCCACUUCCCGUCUCCUGUAAGAAACCCAAAAUCUGCCCAUGCUGCCAAACAUAGGAAUGACACACCAUAUUUUGAAGAAGAAGAAGAAGAGGAGGAUUAUGAGAAUUGUUUUAAAGAGGACAUUUAUGCGAACAUGUAAUGGAACAAAGUUGGCUUGUCUUAAGAAAAACCUGCUACUUUAACAUACGUGAUCCGGAGGCAGUUCAAGCGAUGACUAUGUAUUUAUAAGGCCUUUGUCACACGAUAGGAAUUUUGAUUCAAAGUCUCCAUGCACACAUUUCACAUAUGAUACUUUUUUUAUCGGAUAUAGCUUGUGCGCAAUGUGAAUAAGGCUUGUGAUUUCUGUCAGCACGUUUAUUACUGAACGGCCAUGAAGAUGGAGGUUUUGAUAUCACAAGAAUCAUAAGAACUAUUAAUUCUGUUCUCUAGUACGUGUGCUGGGUGUUUGGAAAGGAUCUUUUUGAUUUUCUAACGGUACAUUACUUGAUGUCCUAUUUCACUAUUGUUUAUUAAUAUUGCCAUAUACUGCUUUGCAGGCCUACAUGUAUUGUCACCAAGUAUAUUACUGUAAUGAAGAGCAAAACAUUUAUAUUUAAUUCAUUGAUUAUUUUGUGUUCUGAGAAUAUCUUUGCUGCAAUAAAUAAUUCACGGUGUUAGAGGGGUCAGCUUUUGUGAUAAAUAUAUGGC